GGAGGUCGGGGCGGUGCCGUCGGGCCUCGUGGGCUGCCUGGUUGGCUCGGUGCUGCCCCCGGGGCCCGCCCGCCGCCUCCCCAGCCUUGCCCCGGGGCGGAAUCGAAGGAAGGGCAGGUCCGGCUGCCCCGCCCCUCUUCCCGCUGAACUGUAGCUGUGCCGUGGGUGGCUCACUAUUAACUUUGGCUUCAGCCACGUGCAGCUUCCAUGGCGGCCUCUCAGGUUCCGGGGGAGAUUAACAUACAGGCGGGAGAGACGGCCAAGGUCGGGGACAGGGACCUGCUGGGGAACGACUGUCCGGAGCAGGACAGGCUUCCCCAACGCUCCUGGAGGCAGAAAUGCGCCUCCUACGUGCUGGCCCUGCGGCCUUGGAGCUUCAGUGCCUCACUUACCCCGGUGGCCUUGGGCAGUGCCCUGGCCUACAGAUCCCAGGGCGUCCUGGAUCCCAGGCUGCUGGUGGGCUGUGCCGUGGCCGUCCUGGCCGUGCACGGGGCUGGCAAUUUGGUCAACACUUACUAUGACUUUUCCAAGGGCAUUGACCACAAAAAGAGUGAUGACAGGACCCUGGUGGACCGAAUCUUGGAGCCCCAGGAUGUUGUCCGGUUUGGAGUCUUCCUCUACACCCUGGGCUGUGUCUGUGCCGCUUGUCUCUACUACCUGUCCCCUCUGAAACUGGAGCACUUGGCUCUCAUCUACUUUGGAGGCCUGUCUGGCUCCUUUCUCUACACGGGAGCUACAGCCCUGACAUCCACCUGGAGAGCUGGGCAUGGAAGCAAAAGAAGAGUGGGCCUCGUGGGCUGCCCGGUGGGCUCGGUGCUGCCCCCGGGGGCCCGCCCGCCGCCUCCCCAGCCUUGCCCCGGGGCGGAAUCGAAGGAAGGGCAGGUCCCGCCGCCCCCGCCCCGCCCCUCUUCGCCCGCUGAGCGGUAG